AUGGCCAGGAGUCAAGAUGGGAUCACUGCCCCCUUUUCAGACCCAGUCUACCUGAAAGCAGCCGUCUUGGAUCCAGCCUUUUCUCUGCUGUGGGUGGAGCCUCAUGUGCUGGUCAAUCGUGACAUCAAGGCAGAGGUGGCACAACAAGUUAAAGAAUUGAUCCUGCAAGAUGCUGCAGAGACUGAACAACCUGUGCUUCUUGGUGAUGAAGAGGACCUUGGUGAAGGAGAAGGGCUGUUUGGUGCAUACCGUAAGAGGCAGAAGAAGGAUGUCGGGACCUCUCCAGCACUACAGCUAAUUCUGGAAGAGGACGAGGAGGAUUUCCCCAGCACUCGAGCCGACGUAUUUUAUCACCACAAUAUAAAUAGCAGCAGAGAAAAACUAUUUCAAGCUUUGAGCCCAAAAUAA